AUGGAAUCGUGAUGUCAGCCACUUCAAGUUCCUCCUGUUCGUCAUCCUCGAUGUCGUGGGACGGGGCUUGAGGAAGCUGUUGUGGUGGGAAAGAUGGUGAAGAUGUAUCGGGAUGGGUAUAUGCGUAGGUGCCGGUAUGAGAGGGAUUCUGUCUCGUGUAGCCCUGCCGCAGUCAGCUUGGGGUGUUAGAGUGUUACUUCUGUGUACAAGCGGGAUCGUUAUCUCGUCUAAUCCCGCCGCAGUCGGUUCGAAAGCCUCUGGUGUUGGGGUCUUGCUUCUGUGUACGGGUAGGGUCUCGGUCUUGGCCGUGAAUGUACGAUCACGUCGCAGAAAGAUCCUACAUCUGCAAGACAGUCGAAUUACAGCAUGCGCUUCAGACAGUUUUUGAAUUGUUUGAGAGCUCGGCACGCACUGUUACCGAUGCUAAGCGCUCUAACGUUGCUCUUAGAGCACUAAGCGAUUUGCAGAUGUACCUUGCGUGGGCGUUGAGCAGGUCAAACUCCGCGUCGUCCUCGGAGAGUUCCGGGAUCUGCGAUUCCGCCGACACUCGACCGUCCUCGGAUACCCAACCCUAUGCAAACGGGUUAUCCUGGUCGGGUCAUCAACUAAACAAACUUCCAGCGAAACUUGGUGGCCAGCCCGGUGCUGUCCCAUCGACGGGUGCAGGUUUUGGCGAGAUUGCAUCUCAGCCCUCUGGAUAUCCCGGAGCGCGUCCUCCAGCGUCCCUUCAGUCUCAGCAAACCGGGUUUCACGUCAGCGGCCCCCAUCGCCUCCUGCAACAAAGUUUCCAGCAGCAUAACCAGCAGCACGGAAGGGGGCCUACGCCAAAAGUACCAUGGGCAUUGAGUAAGCCGGAGAAGAAGAGUUACGAUCAGAUCUUCAGGCCAUGGGAUGCGCAGGGCACCGGCUUCAUCGGCGGGCAGACCGCGUUGGAAGCGUUUGGACAGAGUGGUCUCGACAGGAAUGAUCUGGCGAAAAUUUGGCAGCUGAACCUUGCUGAGUUCCAUGUAGCAAUGGGUAUCAUUUAUUGCAAAAUCCCGGAUGAGCUCCCUCCAGAAUUUGUACCUCCGUCUUCCAGAGAUCUCGACACAUCCGUCAGUUUUCUUAAAGAUAUCCUAAAAAACGAUACUUGUGCUAGAUCGCCAUCUGCUCUCGAUACUCCAGUUUCUCGACUCAAAGAACGCUCUUUCACCUCGUCUUCAACAACGCUGACGCAACAAGGUGGCCGUCAAGAUGCUACGGUGUACCGAUAUCAAGAUGUCCCACCUCCCGGUAUGUUCUACCAGUCAUCUGUUCGACACAUCGAUCGCAACGCUGUCCGGUCACAAUCAGACGAAUCCAACCCAGCAGCAUCGGAUAUCGCUUCGUUAAAACGCCAGCUUCUUAAUACACAAAAGAUGCUCGACGACAACCAUCCCUCGGAACGUGAAUCAGAUCAACUUGAUCGGGACCUUAAGGAUUUGCGCUACGGAAUUAAGCGCCUUCAGGAGGUUCUCGAAUAUGUAUCUCAUGUUCCUGAGCUCGAGAGGAAAGUUGAGGAACGUAAAGCAAGGAGAGAGAAGGAAAGGAGAAAGUGGGCGAACGAGAGGGACAAGCGGAAUGAGAGGUUUGGACGUUUCGCAGGGGAGGAAGGCAGUCGGUACAGUCCUGCCCCUGAGUCCAGGUAUGGUACCGAGGACGAUCGACCAUAUUCGAGGUGUGGGUCGAGGUACGAGAAGGACGAAAGGGACUAUUAUGACCGUGACGGGAAGAAAUCGUAUAGGUUUGAGGAGAGCGAUCGGCAACUCCACCAAGAGAGCACCGUCGACACCAGGUUUGCGACACGUUCUGUGCCGACUGCGACCCCUGCCGUUCCUUCGGUCUCCAGAGUCAAUUCUCCGCCAAGAGCUGCACCAGCACCCUCCCGGUCGCCUGCAUCCCAACUUAAGAAUAUGACGCCUGCGCAACGGAAGGCAUAUAUUCAAGCGCAGGCCAAAAGAUCGACUCGAAAGGGAGAGAAGGCAAGAGAGGCUGAGCGCCAAGCCGAGGAACGAGAACAGGUACGAAAGCUGAAAUUGGAAGCUGAACAAGCCAUCAAAGAGGGAAAGGGUUUGACUCCUACGCCAACACCAACGACCAUAGCGCCUGCGCCCUCGCCUGCGAAGGCUGCUUCGCCACCGCCUAAACCUCGCACCCCUGCUCCGCCGCCACCUAGAAAGGGUACUGUACCCCGGACGCCUGCUGCUGUUGCUGCGCCUGCACUGCCGGUUCAAGCAUCUGUUCCAGCCCCAGCAUCCCCAGCACCCGCAGAACCCGAAGAAGAUCCAGAAGAUGUGGCUUUGAGAGCACGCGAAGCAGCUCUGCGCAAGAAGCGCGAGGAACGUGAAGCCCUCCUGCGCAAACUCGAAGAGGAAGAAAAGAUGAACGAGGAGGCAUACCAGCAAAGGAGGAAUCAGUUUUUUGCUGUUAAAGCUGCUGCUAGUCCUGCUGUCAGCACUGUGUCUAGUACGCAAAAUUCAGCCGUCCCCCCCGCACCACCUGCGCCCCCUGUACCACCCGCGCUGCGCGUGCACACUCCACCGGCGGUUGUUUCCGUCCAGCCGGCGCCCGAAGUCGAAGCUGAGGAAGCUGCAUUCCCACCGCCGCCACCACUUCCGCCACCCCCUGCACCACCAGCUUCGACCCCUGCUGACAAGCCGAGCAAUAAUCCUUUCAAUCGUUUGAAGAAGGAUGUGCACGCACCUGCUCCGGAGACCACGCCUUCGCCAGUUAAUGUGGGCAAUAGUAACCCGUUAUUCCGUUCGCAAACGGCACCUCCACCCUCUGUGCCCACUCCCCCGAAAAGUCCGGGCGUUCCGCCGCCCGUCAAGACCACGUAUUAUACCAAAGAGGAUGAUGGUAGUAGUGAUGAGGAACUCGCAACACGAGAUACGCGUGUGGGACUUGCACAGCAGCUAUUUGGGGGCUUGUUGCCUGCGAGGCCUCAAUCCGCUGGACCUGCACCACCACCCCCUCCUCCCCCAGUGCCUGCUGUACCGGCACCGUCGAAGUCGCCCACUCCAGUAGCACCUUCUGCAGCUCCUGGAGACCGAAGUUCUCUCCUGAGUGCUAUUCAAGGAGGUGCUGUCUUGCGGAAAACAGUGACAAAUGAUCGAAGUGCCGCUGCCACGGCUGGAAGGAUCAUCGGGGACAAUACACUCCCUGCACAUGUCAGUGCCACUCCUCGAUCCCCGUCGCCACCGUCGCCACCAGCUCCCGCUGCACCGGUACUCCCCGUCACCGAAGCCUCGGAGCCACCGCAAGUUGAGUUGACUUCGACUUCAAAGCAUCGGCCCAAGGAAUCAGUGGACUGGUAUGAUGGGUUGCCUGCUGACCAUGCGGGCCGGGCCACAUUGGACCGUCUACCUGAGGCUGUAGAAGAAGAAGAAUACGCUGGAGAUGUACCUGACAUUAGGGUUUCGGAACAUGUCCCAGAUGGAGGUUCUGAUCCCAUGUCAGAUGUCGAUGAAUCGACUAGUCUCAGGGUACGCUCGUUGUACGCUUACGAGGCUCAGAGGACAGAAGACCUGAGCUUUGGUGAAAACAUCGUAAUCGAGGCACAUCCCUCCAAGUCUGGCGGCGACUGGUGGUACGGCACGACCGCCAGUAAUGGUAGAUCGGGUUUUUUCCCACAGACAUAUGUGCAAGUACUCGAACCAGUUCAAGCUACUGCCCUUUACUCAUACGAGGGCUCGGGUCCCGAUGAGCUUUCGUUUAAUGAGGGUGACGUUCUUAUCAUCGUCGACCGGGUAGAAUCCGAUUGGUGGAGAGCCGAACGGGAUGGUGUCGUCUACGCCGUCCCAGCAGCGUACAUGGAGGUUGCAGAGGACCGCUCUUGUUGCGACUAUGAUUGGUGCGGUUAUGCAGUUCAACUCAGUGGCAGAUACGAUAUUGGCGAAGGGCGUGACUUGCAGCCGGACGGCGACGAGAAGCAACGCGUUGACGGCGCCGAUCCUGACUGUGAGAUGUUGAGCAAUGAUGGUUAUGGCACUCCUUUCAGCUCAUUGGUGAAGACGCGCAAAUUGGACCGUAUUCCAGAGAUUACGGGCAUUGAUGACGAUGAGGACGACGACAACGACGAUUACUACUCUCUAGAUGACGACAGUGUGUCUGACGUCUCUGAGGCUUCCGACGCAGAUGCAACACAGACUUUUGUAGACCAGGAGAAACAAGAGAUGGAACGCCGGAGUUAUCGUCAGCAACCUCAAAGAUCACAAUCGUUCGAUGAGCCAUCCGCGGCAUGCCAAUAGGCAUGGAGUAGGUGUCGAUGGCGCGACGGGGCCAGGGGUCCAGAGGGCGAGAGGGGCUUCUCGAUAGGGGCUGCCUUCCA